AUGAGCUCUGUCAAGGCACAGCGGAACCCACAGGGCUCAAGGCGGCGAAAGCCGGUGAAGACUCGGCUGAGGAGACUGGAGGACGCCGAAGAUGCCCCGCCAAUGGCGGCGAGGGAGUCCCUGACGCCGGCUUCAACCGUGACUGCUAAAGGCGCCCUCAACUAUCCUGCGGACGUGGUGGCAGCUACGGGACCAUUAUUCCCAAACCCUCAACAGUUGGGGUUCACCGAAAAACGCCUGAGGACCCCCCGUUCCACACCAAAGUGGCACUUGGCCCAGCCUCGAAACCUCGUCACCCCUCCGAUACAUCGCGAUGAAUGGGACGUUGCUAACCAAAACAAGAUGGAGCAGAUGGAAGCGCAACGGCGAGGUGACUAUCAUGGUCUCUACGAAGAUUUCCAGAGGAUGCGUGACGUUGAAAGGAAAGAGAUGGAGAAGCGGGGGCUAGUCGAUGCCGAGGGCGCUGCGAAAGACCUCACCGAAGCUAUCUCCUUCCAGGGUUCCUGUCUUGAUAUGUGUCCUACAUUUGAACGGAUACGUCGUGCCAAUGAAAACAAUGUUAAGGCGUGGGAAAAAGACAAAGCCACCGGUCAAAUCUCGCGUGACUUAGCAGUGAAGGCAUUUCUGCGCCCUGCUGCCGGUCAGCCGCCGCCCCUUCCACUGGACGUUCGUCCGCCUCAAGUUUUGCAAACUACAUUGGAUUAUUUGGUUAACAACGCUGUUAACUUUCUCCCCGACUCGCAUCUGUUCGUGUGGGACCGGACUCGUCUGAUUCGUCAGGAUUUCACCUAUCAGAACCUGUACGGGCUUGAGGCCGUUGAUUGUAACGAACGCAUUGUCCGCAUACACUUGGUGCUGCUUCACAUUAUGGCGGGCAGUGACGUCGAGUAUUCUCAACAACAAGAGCUCGAACAGUUCAACAAAGCGCUUCAAACCCUCAUUGAAAUCUAUCAAGAUGUGCGCAACCAUGGCGGGAAUUCUCCCAACGAGCCCGAGUUUCGAGCCUAUCAAUUACUCAGUCACUAUCGCGAUCCCGAACCCGAGCGUGAAAUUCAAACCUUACCCCCACAUAUCUACAAUCAUCAACUUGUUCAGCUUGCUCUUCGCCUACGUCAAUUGAUGUCGCAAAACAAUGUUGUUGAGCGCGGGGUCAAGAAUUCACCUGGUGCCCUCGAUGCCUACGUCGCUUUCUUCCGAACCGUGUAUAGCACCGAGGUUCCUUUUUUGAUGGCUUCUUUGUUGGAAGUACACUUUAACGCGGUUCGUUUCUACGCCUUCAAAGCCAUGGCUCGUCUGUACCAUUCGAAAGCGGGUGGUCUCACGGUGCUGGAGGUAACGAACAUGCUAGGUUUUGAAUCUGACGCCGACACCGAACUGUUCGCUGAAUAUUAUGGAGUCGGUGUGGCUACCAACGAGCAAGGAGCAAAACUAAUUCAAGUCUCACUGACCACCUUGAAUCUGAUUCAAGACAAGCCUAAGCGGGCCCAGGCGGUACUGCUGGCGGUAACCGCUAAAAUCGGGUCUCAGAAAUUGUCGCUGAUUGUUGAUCUGGGACUACCCAAUGACAGCUUCCACAUGACUGUUGCGCCGAAAAUUUUGGAAGCCCCCAAGAUCAAACCAAAGCUACCCAAGAAGCCAUACACACCUAUAGAACAAUCCGUCUCUUCCCAGCCAUACGUAUUUGGUCAGAAACCCAACCAAGCGACUUCGGUGGCACCAACGACCACCUCACAACCAUAUGUGUUCGGCCAACGACCAAAUCAAAAUCAAAACAAUAUGCCGGCUGUGUUUGGCGCCAAACCUCAACCAGAGGUUGCUCCCUCAAUCACAAGCAAUGGUUCAGUGAAGCCUUCGUUUGGAGCUCCCACCACGAACACUAAUAUAGGAUUUCCAAAGAUACCUCAAAAGGAACCUGCUCCCAUUGAUCUCAAGGUUGCUGAUACGGAGCCGUCACGGAGAAAAUAUACACCUGUUGUUUCGGGCUCGGAGGAACCACCGUUGUUUCUCAACUCCAUGCAUAUCAAGAAACCUGAGAAUGUACCGGUGAAAACUGAGACCUCUUUCAAUGCGCCGCUGAUCAAACCUGCUUCCGUUACCGAAGCACCGGUGGCACCUGCGGCACCUGCUUCACCUCCCAAACUUCGUGAUCACCCGCAAUUUUCAGCGGCGCUCAGUGGUGUCAGUCAAAACCUUGUUUCCUCUGUGGUUGAUAAGGAGGUCCGAGCAUUGAUUGAGUCGUCUUUGAGAGCUCACCAACUGCAACGCAAAAACCGUGAGGCUAUCAUUGAUCAACUAACUGGUGAGUUAUACCAAGCGUUUAUUCAGGAAAUCAUUCAUAACUACACUAUGCAGAUUAUCGGUGCCCAUUUUGAGGAUCGUUGGCUUGCUAAGCGAGCUGUGAAGCAAAUAGCUCACCAGGCUCGUGAAUCGUUAGCGCAAAAGAAGCUUCGAGAGCGAAAGAGGGAUGAGUUGGAGCUGGUAUCCUUGACAGGUAGCAUCAAAUUUGAGCCUAUGGCUAAGCGAUCGGCGCCUGACUUUAACUACUACCUAAACUAUCGGCGGGAUAUGGAUGAGCUUUGGAAAGCUGUUGAUUUUGAGAGUUUCAGUAGUGUACGUCCGGGACUGAAAAUGAUUGUGGUUGCUGAAGACUGGGAUCACGUACUUCUGGAUUGGCUUGGGAAAAAGCUUGGUCUCACAAAGAAUGAAUUGACGGGUGUCUAUGAAAAUCGAUUGGUCAACUUUACAAUAACGUCGUUACCUAAAAGUGACUUCUCAAUGAAAGAAACGUUUGGUGCUACCCCGUUUCUUUUACUUGAAUGCGUUAUCGAUGAUGAAAACUAUCAAACGAAGCUAGCACAGGCAGUGCGGGUGUUACAAAAGCUUGUCGCUUUGCUCUCCCGCUAUCUGACUUACAACGCUCAGAUUGGCAUUGUUCUUUGGGACCAACGCUCUCACCCUUCACCGCCACUGGACAUUGAAAGACACCUCAGGUUGGAUGAAUUGAACCACAACCCUUCUAUUCAAAGAGUGGAAGUGGCACAUAUGGCUCAUUCGGAUAACGUGAACGUUGAGUUCGAGCGCUUCAUCAACCUGCUCGGUCAACACUACGAUGCAUCACUUACUGCCAGAGGUGAACGUCGCAGGCUGAGGGCGAAUGCUCACCUGCGUAAUACCAGUCUGGUACUGACUUUUGCUGAUGUUCUGCAACUGAUGAGCUUUAUCGAUGCUAAGGAAGCUGAAGUGAUUGCCCAAGGAAGCAUUCGCAAACGACGGUUCGGCUACCUUGAGAAAUACCGGGGUACCAAGCGGCGUCGCACCAGCGAAGCGGGUAGCGUCAACCUGCUGGUGUACAAUUAUCUUGAUAGUACCAUGGCCCUGAUAAAUGCGCUGGUUUACGAUCUGGCCAAUCAGCUGUCACUUUCGAAGGCCGUUGCGGAAAGAGAUGAAAAAUUAGCUGAUCUCCAGCUGGUAUUGCAGUCUGCCAAAAAAUACAUCAAGCGGACAUAA